AUGGUUGAUCACAUCUCGAAACAAUAUAAAACAAUUACAAUCUGUCAUCCAAACUAUCCACCAUUUUAGGUUAUGAUCAAUGAAUAUUCAACCAUUAAGGAGAUCUCAAGACAGAUUCGUUUGGCAUGGCGAAUAAGUCCAAAAGAGCUGCGAUUAUUUAAUGCUAGUGGAAUUGAAAUAUUUUAAGAAGAUCUCAGAUUUUAACCUAAGCAAUCUAAAUUAUGGGCAACGUUGAAUGGACAGGAACUUGAUUAGAACAUUAUCUUUCAAGAAUACACAAUUUUAGAUUAAAUUGGAUAAGGAGGACAAGGUGUUGUGAUGUUAGGAUAGCAUAAGGAGACAAAAGUAUAUGUAGCAAUUAAGAUAAUAAAAGGAGAUGGAUUCAAUGCGGAUGAAAUAGAUCUAUUGUUCAGAGAAUCACAAAUACUCAAAUAAUUGAGUCAUAGGAACAUUGUACAUCUGAUUCAAAAUAUUAUGUUAAAUCAUGAAUGCAUAUUGGUGAUGGAGCAUCUCUAAGGAGGAUCUCUCUUAGAUUUGGUGAGAAGGAAGGGACAUCUGGAUGAGAUUGAAGCUAGGAUCUACAUGAAAUAGAUAUUAGAGGGCAUUGAUUAUUGUCAUAAGAAGAAUUUGAUCCACAGGGAUUUGAAAUUAGAGAACAUUCUGCUUGUCUCUCCCAAUAGUACUUAAGUAAUUACACUAUGCAUUAUAGAUAGAUAAAAAUAGUAGAUUUUGGGAUUGCAUGUUGUGGCAAGGAUCGGAUUCGCAUGGGCACUUUGCCAUACAUGUCUCCUGAAUUGAUAUCUGGACAGCCUGCAUCUCAGCUUUCUGAUGUCUGGGCAAUUGGAGUGAUUUUGUAUGCAAUGGUCUUUGGGAAAUUGCCAUUUAGAGGAUCUACAAAGGAGGAACUCAUUUAAGCAAUCAGUAUAUUUAAAUACACCAUCCCUCAGAAGGUCAGUAAUGAUUUAUUAGAUUUAUUCAAACAAAUAUUCCAAUAUCGGAACAGAAUCACAAUAUAAGGAAUUUUGAAUCAUAGAUGGUUGAGUGAAAGUCAUGCUAUUCCUGCAUUGAGUUUAUUGAAGAUGCUAUAAGUCUCCACACCUCUAAAAGUGACAACCAAGAAACCGAAGUCAAAUAUGCUAUCAAGUUGUCGAAAGAGUUCUAUACAAAAGGAGGAAUCCUAAACAAAUAUUGGAAAUGUGACUGCCAAACCUAUCAAAAUAGUAUUAAAGCAAAGAUCUGGGAGAGCUAAAAGUCAACUUUUAUUGAGCAACUGACUAUUUGGAUGAUAAUAU